GAAAGUAAACGCCGUUAAUUUGGUGACCGAAAUAAUGAACCAUUUGCUGCAAGAUUCCAUUAAACUUCCCGUUAGAAGAACUAAGCACGAACUGAAAUUCAUUUCACAAGCUGAAGCAGAGACUGUUCUCUCCUCCGGAAGAAAGGCCUUGAAACCGUAAAAUCAUGGCAAAUCCUCCCCAGAUCGCCAUUCUCGGAGCUGGGAUUUUCGUCAAGACGCAGUACAUUCCGAGGUUAUCCGAAAUCUCCAAUCUUGUCAUCCUGAAAGCAAUUUGGAGUCGUUCGAAGGAAUCGGCUGAAGCCGCGGUUGAGAUAGCGCGAAAGCAUUUCCCGGGAGUGGAGUGUAAGUGGGGCGAUAAGGGUCUCGAUGAGAUAAUCCAGGACGCUUCCAUUGUUGGUGUUGCUGUGGUGCUAGCUGGACAGAUCAUGGUUGAUAUGUCACUUAAAAUGCUAAAGGCAGGCAAGCAUGUUCUUCAAGAGAAACCAGCGGCAGCUUCCAUAAACGAGGUAGAAACUGCUCUAUCAAGCUACAGAGCAAUUUGUGCCAAUGCCACUUGCAAACCAAUUUGGGCUGUUGCAGAAAACUAUCGAUUUGAACCUGCAUUUGUAGAGUGCAAGAAAUUAAUGACUGAAAUUGGGGAUAUGAUGAAUGUCCAACUUGUCAUUGAGGGAUCAAUGAACAGUUCAAACCCUUAUUUCUCAAGCUCCUGGAGGCGAAAUUUUACUGGUGGUUUCAUUUUGGAUAUGGGGGUGCAUUUCAUUGCGGGAUUGAGAAUGCUUGUUGGAGAGGUGCUCUCAGUCUCAGCGAUGACCUCUCAUGCGGAUACAACUUUACCGCCCCCAGAUAAUAUAACCUCUAAUUUCCAACUGGAAAAUGGAUGUUCUGGAGUUUUUGUGAUGGCUGUGUCCUCUAGAUCACCCAAGAUAUUUUGGAGAAUCGUUGGCUUGAAGGGAACACUGCAAAUUGAGCGUGGAAGUCAAGAUGGAAAACAUGGUUACCAGGCUUUCCUAUACGGUGUUAAUGAGCAAACAAAAAGCUUCUUUUAUCCAUUCAGUGGAGUGACGGAGGAGCUGAAAACAUUUAUACAUGACAUAUCACAAGCUAGCCUUAAGCAGGGAAAUGUUGACUACGAAGCAGAACCUCGUAUCUCUUAUUUGGAAGGUGCCAGAGACGUUGCUGUUCUAGAUGCAAUGCUCGAAUCUGCAGCAAAGCAAGGAGCCCUAGUUCCUGUGAGAAAGUUCUGAACAAAUGACUAUUGACCCAUAUCCAGUCUCAAUCUUCCAACUUGGAAGACCAUGGCGGAGAAAUUUGGAGUCCGUCCACGUUGAAUGGGGGGGGCCCUCAACAUACGUAAACAUUCAAUUUUGAGACUGACGUCUGAGUGAUCUUUAAAAAAACAAAAAGCCGUGCUGUGUAAUUAUGCAUAAACAAAUAUUUCCAAAUAAUUACAAAAAUAAAUUGUAGUAUUUAAAUAAAUUCCUAAAUUAAUCUCUUCGUCUGUAAAGCACCAGUAAUUUUGUUCCACGUCAGAAAUAUUCACGCACCUUCGGAGUUGUACGUGCAAGUCUGCAAACCGGUGUCGUUUCGAAGAAAAAAAAAAUUUGUCACUGCAGCCUACGGCUAUGUGCCACGUUGCACGUAAGCGGUAAAGGGUGUUGACUAUUCGUUUAAUCUGAUGUAAUAUUCUAGAACUGGGCGCACGGAAUCAUACUCCUUUGUCUUUUACACAGUUAUAAAGUGGUUACCAGUACAGUUGAGCUGGACCACACAACAAUUAUA